UCCAGAGUGCGUCGCGUACUUUUGACGUAAGGAAGCCGGGACAAAAAUGGCGGCCUCUGGGAAGCGGCCGGAGCAUCGUGGUCCUCCUGAACUGUUCUAUGAUGAGGUCGAAGCUCGGAAAUACACCCACAACUCUCGCAUGAUGGAGAUCCAGUCGCAGAUGUCUGAACGGGCUGUGGAGCUGCUGGGCCUCCCAGAGGAUCGGCCAUGUUUCUUGUUGGAUGUGGGGUGUGGCUCCGGUUUGAGUGGCGAUUACAUCACUGAGGAAGGCCACUUUUGGGUUGGCUUGGACAUCAGCCCUGCCAUGCUGGAUGUGGCUGUGGAGAGAGAAGUGGAAGGAGACUUGAUGCUUGCAGACAUGGGGCAAGGGGUCCGCUUCCGGCCCGGGACCUUUGACGGCUGUAUCAGUAUUUCCGCCGUGCAGUGGCUCUGUAACGCCGACAAGAAGACCCACAGCCCUCCUAAGCGACUCUACCGGUUCUUUUCCACCCUUUAUACAGCAUUGGCUCGAGGGGCCCGUGCCGUUCUCCAGCUCUACCCUGAAAACUCUCAACAGUUGGAGCUCAUCACUGCUCAAGCCAUGAAGGCGGGCUUCACCGGCGGGAUGGUGGUGGACUACCCCAACAGUGCCAAAGCCAAGAAGUUCUUCCUCUGCCUCUUUGUCGGCACAAGUGACGUGUUACCAAAGGGACUCGGAGCAGAAUGCAGCAUGGAAGAGAACACACAGGCCAAGUUCACCCAGGAAAGGGCGCGCUUCCGGAACGCCAAAGGGAAGUCGGUGAAGAAGGGCCGGGACUGGGUUUUGGAAAAGAAAGAGCGGAGGCGGCGGCAGGGCAAGGAAGUGCGAGCGGACACGAAAUACACAGCCCGGAAACGAAGGCCCCAUUUUUGAUCCUCUGCUUCGACUCAGUGAUGGGACUCUGCACAUUUUAGGAAGGCCUUUGUUCUUGGAGGCUGGAAAACAACAAUUUGGGAUCGAGAGUGUGAUAGAGGCCCAACCAAGCUGCAGGUAUCCACUCUUUUGCGCAGGUUUCUUGCCAAUUAAAUGUGGACUGGA